AUGCCGAAGCCAAACUUGACUCUUCAACAAAAGCUCAUUAAGCGUGCAUUUACUGAAAUAGGUGCGGGCGACAUUGAUUACCCUAUACAACAUAGGCCCAGAAUAUUUGCCGAUAUUAUCCAGUUGCUCUUUCACAUCCCUUCAUUAGGUCUGACGAGGGGUAGGUUUCAGAAAGGAGAACCCGUCGUUUUGGUGAUCAAAGGAGCCAUUCCCGUCUUUUAUAAGGGCCAUCCUUACAAAACCCCAAUCAAAAUAUGGGUUCCAUUAGGUUAUCCUAGGGACUCCCCGAAGGUGCGCGUGGUGGUCGAGGACCAAGCGAUAAUGUCAAUCAAGUUACCUCAUCCUUAUGUCGACGCUGGAGCUGGUGGUCUAGUAAAUGUGCCGUACAUGCAGGCUUGGAUCGAAGCACACUCAGAGAGAACUCUCACAGGUCUGGUAAUUAAUAUGUGUGAAUGUUUUAGUGUAGACCCACCCGUUCGACAAAGGGUGCCGCCGCAGCCGCCGGCCCCGGUACCCACGUUCCCCAUUCCGCAGCCGCCUCAGGAGCAAGAGAUGCAAGAGAGGCAUGAAGAAGAGAGGCAUGAGCAAGUGAUGCAAGAGAGGCAGGAGGAAGGCAAGAGAUGCAAAGGCCAGAGACGCCGAGGUUGGGUUUGUGGUCUUCUUUGA